ACAAACCAAAAAGUGAUUUUUUAAAUGAUUUUUAAACAUGACGACGUGCCUCUCGGAAACAGAGGCCACCAACGUAUUUAUUUGGCAGCGAUGGUGUCGCCUGUGCGCCAAGGAUCAUCCCCAGAACCGAAAUGUGUACUCCCAGGCGGCUGAAUCUCAGUCCUGGACGAAUAUGCUGGCCAUGACCAUAGGAAAAUACUUUUGGGUUGAUAUCAAACAGGUGGAUGAGCUGAGCAAUCACCUGUGUGUUGAAUGCUUCACCAUGAUGGAGAGCCUCAUGGAAUUCUCGGAGAGAGUGCGAAGAGUCCAAACGCUUUUCAACAGACUGCAGACGGCCACAAAACCGGGAGCUUCAGUGGACUAUGAGGAACUGCGACAAGAUUGCGGCUUGGUGGACAACGACUGGAAGCACUUGAUGUCCCGGGACACAAAAAGGAUUCCUCUAAAGGAAACAGUAGAAGAAAUAGUGGAAGAAGUUCCAGGUGAAGAUGCCUUUUUAGAGGGAACAGUAGAAAUUAUAGAGGAAGAGCUGCAAACUGUAGAGGAGGAGGUGGAGCUGCAGGAGGCCCCCGAUUGCAUAGAGGAAGUGAAGCACAUACCCGAGGAGGAAUUCGAUGAGGAGUCUGAAAUAAUUGAGGAAAACUACAACAUUGAAGCCUACGAAGAAACCGCACAAGAGCAAGAAUCUCAGGAAAUACUCCAAAAAACAGAACUCAAAGCUAAACUCAGCCAGGAGACACAGGAAGCAGAUGAAGAAGAAAACUUCUCCACCGAGAAUCUCGCAGAGGAAGACGACGAGCCCGCCAUCUACAAGUGCAGCAUCUGCAGCAAACCCUACAAGAAGCCAAAGGCUUAUAAGCGACACAUGCUGGAAGUGCACAACGUGAUGCCCGCGGAUCUGCCCAAGCUGGAGUGCAAUCAAUGCGGCAUAGAGUUUCCCACAAACAGCCAACUCCACAUCCACUAUCGCUCUCAUUUGCCCGCCAAACUCAAGGCGGACAACUCCUGUCCACACUGCGAGAAACGAUUCACCACGCCGGGCACACUUAAGCGGCACAUUGAGGGCGUUCACAAGGGCAUCAAGCCCUUUGUGUGUGACCUCUGCGGCAAGGGCUUCAAGUACAUCACAGGACUCAAGGAUCACAAGCUGGUCCACACCGACGAGUGUCCCUUUGAGUGCCCCGACUGUCACAGACGCUUUAAGAAUAAGGCGAGAUUAAAGAUCCAUUCAGAUACGCACAGUGCCAACAUCUACAAGUGCAACAUAUGCGGCAUGAAGCUCAAGACCCGGCGUACCUUUAACAAACACAAAUUGGUACACUCAGACGAACGGCAGUAUAAAUGCGAUGUCUGCGGUUCGUCCUUCAAGAGAAGCAAAACCUUGAAGGCGCAUCUCAUCCUGCAUACAGGCAUCCGGCCGUACAAGUGCAACUUUUGCGGCAGGGAAUUCUCCAAUGGCUCUAACUGCAGAUCGCACAAGCGACAGGCACAUCCCAAGGAGCUGGCCGAAGAGGAAUCACGAGGGGUUUCACGCUCCACACUGCUGCCCAUGCUGGAGGAACUGACCAAGGCUUCCAAGCUCAUAAAGACACCUGCCAAGCCCAGCAAAACGAAGGGCAGUGUGCCAAAAGCUUCGUCUAAAAAGUUUCCGUUAGCCACAGAAUCUUCCACCAAGGACACCGAAGGCGCCAUUCUCUAUGAAAUAGUCGAGGAGCUGGAUUACCCCUAAGUAUUUCAAUAAAAAGACACUUUAGUUUACAAGUA